AUCAGUACUACCACAACUAACAUCUACCUCAUAUAGUCAAAAAUAAGAAGUUUGUCAAAUAGAAAAAUGAGCAAAAUUGUGCUAAUUCUUCUCGUGGCCAUGGUCAUGGCAAUUACUCUUGUCAAAGCUAACCCAGUACCAGAAGCAGAACCACACUUUGGUCUAGGCUAUGGAGGUUAUGGAGGUGGCUAUGGAGGUUACGGAGGUUAUGGAGGCUACAGAAGUUAUGGAGGUUAUGGAGGAUAUGGCGGUUAUGGAGGAUUCGGUGGAUAUCGUGGAUACGGAUUCUACUAAGUGUCACCAUUAUCCCUGUGACUAAGAUUUCGUUUGAUUGUAUAUAUUUUUUGUAUUUUAUUAAAAAAUACUAUUGAUUAAGAAGA